AUGUCUGUGGAGUUUGAAGACCACCCCAGAAGCAAAUAUUUGCAAAGGAAACUGUUGAAGUCUAGCUUAAUUCGCACUCCAGUGAACAUCAACUGUUCAAAGGUGGUCGAAGGAGACUCAGUAGCUGUUACUCUGGCACAUAUGUACAAUCUAAACAUUAAAAGCAAAAGGGUUCAAUUAACUGAACGUGAUUAUAUGAAUUUCACCGAAGACUGCGAAAACUACAAAGUAAAGAGAAAUUUUCUAUCAUUUGUGAUGAGUAAAGAAGAGGAAGACUAUCCUAUUGCUUACUCUAUAGUGAUACAGGACAACAUUGAAAUGUUUGAAAGGCUAUUACGAUCCAUUUACACACCUCAGAACAUUUAUUGUGUUCAUGUCGAUGAUAAAGCUCCAAAUAUAUUUAAACAAGCAGUGAAGGCAAUCACCAGCUGCUUCGGCAAUGUGUUUAUGGCUACUAAACUGGAGGAUAUGAUUCAUGCUUUGUGGUCAAGAGUGCAGGCAGAUUUGAAUUGUAUGAAGGAUCUUCUGGACAGUAACAUCAAGUGGGUGUACCUACUAAAUGCAUGUGGGUCUGACUUCCCUAUAAAGACUAAUGCUGAGAUUGUAAAUACCCUUAAAGUUUUAAAUGGAAAAAACAGCGUUGAAUCCAUAAGACCACCUGAAGACAAAAUGUCAAGAUGGUUUUUCCAUUAUGAAAUAGGAACAUCUGUUGUUAGGACCAAUUAUAAGAAAACCAUACCCCCAAUUAGUAUUCCAAUAUUCUAUGGUAGUGGUUACUUUGUUGUGACCAGACAAUUUGUAAAGCACAUUUUUGCCAGCACCCAAAUCCAUCAUUUCCUUCACUGGGCGAAAGACACAUACAGUCCAAAUGAACAUAUCUGGGCAACACUGAAUCGACUACCCGGGGUUCCAGGAUCUCUUCCUCAUAAUUCAAAAUAUGACAUUACAGAUGCAAUAUCGAUUGCAAGGUUAGUAAAGUGGGAGUUUUAUGAAGGAGAUGUCAACAAAGGUGCCCAAUAUCCUUCAUGCAAGGGAACUCACCAACAAAACGUUUGUAUUUUUGGAUCUGGAGAUUUGCAUUGGUUGCUUCAACAGCAACAUCUCCUGGCUGGUAAAUUUGAUCCCAUGGUGGAUAACAUAGCAAUUCAAUGUUUGGAGGAAACUCUGAGGUAUAAAACAUUGUAUGGAAAUGUCAUGUCGGUUUAUGGUUAUUCAGGUGCAUAG